CCGCCUCCACCGCCUCCCGCCCUCAGCACCGCCCACGCCCGGGGCUCCGUCGGCGCCGUGGCCGAAGGAGGCUGCGGAGCCGGAGUGGGCGGUACAGUACUAAUUUGCUGAUACUCAGUGAUAAGGUGGCUGCAGAGUGGGGGAGCGUUGGAGUCCCAGGAAAGCUUCUGUCCUUCCAGCCCUGGUUUUAGUUACAAGUGGAAGGCAAGUCUUUGAAACACAGGAUGGCUGCUCAGCAGCUACUCAAGCAAAAGAAAAAGCCCUCUAAGGAGGCAGUGCUGUUCCCUGAGAGCAUCACCACAGAGCAGCAGUCCCUGGUGCUGGUGAAAAGGCUCCUGGCCAUCUCUGUGUCCUGCAUAACCUACAUGAGGGGGCUGUUCCCAGAGAGCUCCUAUGGCACUCGCUAUCUGGAUGACCUCUGUCUAAAAAUUCUCCGAGAAGAUAAAAGCUGUCUGGGAUCAUUGCAGAUAGUCAAGUGGAUUCAAGGUUGUUUUGAUGCUUUGGAGAAGCAGUAUCUACACGUGGCUGUCCUUGCAAUUUACACCAAUCCCGAGACAGUCACUGAAAUGUAUCAAUUCAAAUUCAAGUAUAAAAACAAGGUGCCUCAGAUGGAUAUCAGCAGCAACCACAGGGAGUUUGUGACUGGGCUGUGCAGCAAGGAUGUCAAACAGGCCAGCAGGCUCCUGCUCAGGACCCUGUACCUGCUCAUGCAGGACCUGGGGCCAUUGCCCAAUGACAUCACCCUGAGCAUGAAACUCCUCUACUACAACCAUGUCACUCCCAAGGAUUACCAGCCCCCUGGCUUCAAGGAAGAUGACAGCCCUGGUGACCUCUUGUUUGCUGGGGAUCCCAUCAACCUGAAAGUGGGCUCAGUCUCCACUGAUUUCCACCUCAUGAAAGUCAGAGUGACAACUGAGAAGAAGAGGGUGAAGAAGGCUGACAGCAACCUGAUCCAGAAGAAUGGCCCUACUGAGAUCUCCCACCAAGGGCUGGACUGUGAGGAAGAUGAGGAGGAGGAGGAGUGCACAAAGAAUCACCCUUGCCCUGUCAGAGCAGAUUCAAAUGAGCAUGAAGGGGACAUAAGUGACACCCAUCCAGGUAGAAAAACAGAAGAAUCUUCUUUAUGCCUUGAAGAUAAAGGUAGCAAGAAGAGAGGAAUCAAGGAGACAGACAGGAUGCCUUGCUCAAGGGCGUGUCAGGAGAUAAACCUCCUGAACCUUGCCUUCAGCCAGGAAGAGGUAAUAGGACCUGAGAAGAAAAGGAAGGUCAGUGAACCAGAGAAGCUGCCUCUGAACAGCAGGAAAUUAUGUUCUUUCUGACACACAAUACAUUUGGAAGAUGUGAGUUUGCAUUGUCAUCUGACUGGUGCAGACCAAUGUUUAACUCUUCCUCAUCCCACGUGUAUUUCUGCCUGUUUAUUUGUCUCGUGAAAAGUCUGGAUUACCAAGAGACAGCAAGCACCAGAGCUGCCAUGGCAUUGCCAACCAGCUGCACUUGUUUGAUGUUCUUAAGCUGAGAAUUUAUCAUUCCACAUGAA